AUGCCGGGGAGAAUAGAAGUCGGUAGUCGAUGGGUGCAAAUGGAAAACUCCGGAAACAGUCUACAGAACUUUGAAGUUGCCUAUGACGAUGAUAGCCAAGAUGCUUAUUCCCCACCCGACGAAGCAGUCUACCGAAGCAACGCAAAUCUCUCCUCAGGUGGACUCAAUGAUGGCCUCACGCCCAAACCCCCUCAUUCUGCAUUUUCGGAUGGCUCAGAUCUUCUAGAAACAACCGUUGUCCCACGUCCAGAAACACCCUCUCAGACUCUACACCAUCAUCAUCAUCACCAUCAUCAUCAGCAGCAGCAUUCCCUUCAUGGUCAAACGUCGUCACAAACUCAAGCACUUAUGUCGUCUUCAUCGUCUCAAAGUUCUGCAAAUGCCACUCCAACAUCCUCCACCUCGAUGAUGAUGAUGUCUCAUUUCCAUCACCACUCUCAGCAACAGCAGUCUGGUCUAAUAGACAAACGAGUGUCACAAGAAUUUAUGCAUGAUCCGGCUUCUCUUGAAUGGAGAAACAGUGUUCAAAGACAUACGCACAUCAAUGGUCCAGAUGGAAUGAAUAACCCGAUACAACCUGAAAUGCCAGGGCCACCACCACCACUUCGAGGACUACCCCCCGGACGACUUCAAGUGCCCGGUCAACAACCACCAUCAUACCAGCACCACCCCUCUCCUCUCCCCACUUCUCCUCACCAUCAUCAUCAACAACAACACGGUCCACCCUCUUCGAUGCAACCCAACAUUCCUUCACAGUCUCAAACUCAAUCACAGGGUCCACAACCUCUACCCCCACCACCGCAGUCAUCGCCGAAUUCUGCUGCAGACACGAGCUCCAAUCAUGGCGGAGGUCCAAUGGGCUCGCAGACAUCAGGGGCUGCCGGUAGUGGUAGUUCUUCCGAACCCACAACCGUAGUGACUUUCUUCGUGUGCGAAGUCUGUGCCUCAAGGUAUCGAUCGACUGCGGGUCUGAGGUAUCAUUAUCACAGUCAACACGCAGGGUAUACUCCCCGAAAUCCCAUUUCCGCUUCGGCAUCCAGAAUCAGCAUACCAACUUCGGAGUACAAUAGAUUUGCACCUAAUACGGGUCCUCGUGGUGGACGGAAUGGUAGAACGAAAAGAAGCCGAAGUAAGCUUAUAAAUACUAUGCUGCUUUGA